GGAGGGAAGUGAUUAUACAUCCGAUAAAUGUACAGAUGUGUCAGUUUAUCGCAAGCAGACGGCAUAACAAGCUAUUUUUAGCAGUGCCUUUAUUCCGGCAGCCGAAGUGGGAUAGAGCAGCAACCGAGGGGAACAGUUCUUGUCAGAAUUGCAAAGCGCGGAAGGAGCUGUUUUUUUCAGCACCAACGUCUUCAAAACGUCAAAUAAGGAAAUUGCAGCAGGCGUUGUGACUGAGAGCUGUUUCUUCUAUAUUCACUCAUGACACCUUCUUAAGAGCACUGAAUAAAGUUCCGAACACAUCCAUAAAAUUAAGGUCUGACGACGUUCUUGGGCAAUUCAACAUCAAAUCUGAAUGAAAGCUUCUUAAAUUAGGAGUGGAGACAAUUAGUUGAGCACCAUGGAUUUCGUUAUGAAGCAAGCGCUGGGCGGGGCCACCAAAGACAUGGGGAAGAUGCUGGGGGGUGAUGAGGAGAAAGACCCAGAUGCACAGAAGAAGGAAGAAGAAAGACAAGAGGCCCUUCGUCAACAAGAAGAUGAACGUAAGCAAAAACAUAUUAGAAUGGAAGCUGAACGGGAAAAAGUACGACAACAAAUACGAGACAAGUAUGGCCUUAAAAAGAAGGAAGAAAAGGAAGCCGAGGAAAAGGCUGCAAUGGAAGCACCAAUAGAAGGGAGCUUGACUCGCCCGAAGAAAGCAAUUCCUGCCGGCUGUGGAGAUGAGGAAGAAGAGGAAGAAGAAAGCAUUCUCGAUACUGUCCUUAAGUAUCUUCCUGGGCCACUUCAAGACAUGUUCAAGAAGUAGCUUAAGAUAAGAAUACUUUAUUUUGUAAAUUAUUUUAAGUUACAUUAAUAGGAUUUACAUACGUUUUGAGCAUAUAUUAAAAUACAUUUCUUUUUUCUCUGACUAGAGCAAUUGCUUAUACUCCUACUGCAAUAUAAUUACAAAGAUUUUUUGUGCCUCUCUAUGAUGUAAGCCAUGGUGAGGGGGUUAACAUGAGCAUGAGGAGUCCGGGAGACCAGUGGACCUCAUGUAAACUCCUAAUUGUCUCUAUUGUAGACUCCAUAUAUGCUCAUGUAAUGCUGAAACUCUUAACCUCACAACUGGCCGUAUUAAGUUGUGUUCAUUGCUAAGCUUUUCUACCGUAUUGCAGACUUUUAUGAGGUUGCCUUUUUAAGUUGCCAUACUGCUAAAUGUGUUGUGAUGUGUGACUUGGUUGUUGGUUGUUACAGGAGAACUUGGGGUGGCAUGCAGCUAGGCACCCUGCGAUGUAUGUGUGCAAGAUCUGACAAUUUUCACAGUGAUUUCUACUGAGAUUUUUAAAAGUUUUAUGCAGUUAAUUGUUUAGUAGCAAAUAUCUUGCAUGAUUUGCUAAAAUUGUGAAAUUGUAAAAUAUUAUAUGUGGAGAAGCCUUUUGUUAAAAAAUGGCAAUUUGCGAUAUAAGUUGAUAAUCUUUAUGUUGUAAGAAUAUCUAUCAUCAUUGCUUUUUGGGUAAGGAAUGAGGAUCUCUCUGGUUUAUGUAUAAAGGUAGCAGUAUCAUUUUCUGUACGUCACAGAGAAAAAUAAGUUUGCUUAAAAAUAAAAAAAAGACUGCCAAUGCACUAAAUUCAAUCCAAUUAGACAUUUAGCAUUGAAAACCAUCUAAGCUAAUCAUCAGUCCAUGGAACACAAGGCCCACCAAAAUGUUAACCAAACUCCUCCGCCUUUACACUAUACAAUGCUAAAACGAAUAACGUAUUGAAUUACUCGCUAAUCAUUCCGAAAUAAUGAAGUGACCAAAGCUUUUUCUUGGAAUUGGGGAGAGUCUUAACAAUAAUCACUUUUUUUCUAAUCUUUAGCUAUACUUAGUUCGAAAUGUGAACCUUUUCAUGUCUUUGGCUGUCGGAAACUAUGUUGGGAUGGAGGUUUGGAUGGAAAUGAAUUUUGGCAAAUUGAGGUACAUUGCAAGUCAAUCAACCAAAUACUGAUUAUACAAAGUUAUGAACUUGCAUUUUUAUUGAUUCAUGGGAUCUGGCUAUCACUGGCAAGGCCUGUUUGUACUGUCCAUCCCUAAUUGUCCUUGUGAAGGAGUUGGUGGUAAUUAGCCAUCAUCAUGAAUGGAUCCUGUUUGUGUGUUGAAGUUACUCCCAUAGUCCCAUUAGGGGAGGAUGUUCCAGGAUUUUGUUCCAGCGACAAUGAAUGUCCAAGUCAUAAUUUAGUAUGACUGCCAUCAUGUUAAGGAAACUUCUUUCUUAGUCUGUUUAACGUUUUGUAGCCAUUAACCUAAUAUUUUAUACGUUUGUAAUUUUUUGUAAUUUCUUAUUACUUUGGUUACUCUUUGUAACGGAAACUAUUUCUAUUGUAGAUCCUCAUGGUCUAUAAUCCUGCUUAGGUUUUCUGCAACAUAAUUAAUAUAUGUAGGAACAAGACAUUCUCAAUAAUUAACGACAAAGUUAGCAGAUUUAGCAGAAUAUUGCCAAAUGGAAACUCUAACAUUCCUGGAAUAUAUAUUUAUUGGAAUUAGAAUUUCACUCCAACAAUGAAUAAGUGGUUUAUAUAGAUUUCCUUGUUACCAGUCAUAAGGUAAGACUUCAUUUAAUAGCAUAAUUAGAUGUUGCUUAACAAUAAACUAAAACAGGUUAAAUGAUAUUCUGCCAGAAUUUUUUUUAAAUGUAUUUAAAUCACUUUCACUUCAACAAAUGAGUAACCUUGGAUAUACUUUCCCCUUCAGUUGCACACCAAGUAUAUUACCAGUAGUUUAGAUCAACAAGUGAAUCACUGAAGUGAUUAAUACCCCAUUCUAUAGAACUAUUCAGUAGUAAACUAUUUAUUACUGAUCUGUUCCAAGUGCUACCGCAGAGUGAAAUUAUUAGCAAUUUGUCUUCAGAUGUGGCACAGACUGACUUGUACUAUAAAUGUGGAUUUUUUCUUUGAUGGUAAACUUUGCUGCUUGCGUAUAACACUGUUUCAGCUCUAUUGAAUUUCAGUAGACUAAAAAUUGUGUUUCACCUGCAUUUCAUUUUACACCAAACCAAAGAGAGCUUUUCUCUAUGGAUACACUGAUUUAACUGCUUUCCAUGGCAUAAAACUAGUUUAAAAUUUAGAGAAAAUUAGUUUAAAAAUCUCAGGUAUUGGUUCUUGGAUUUCAAACCACUAUGCAGGAGAGUUGCUUGUAUUUGUGUUAAGCUUGCUGUUUCCCACCGCAGUCCUACUAAAACAAAACCAGGUCUCCAUUCAGGAGAAUCCUAAGUUAAUGUUUAAAGUUAAUUUAGGGAUGUUAAGCUUCUUUGUUUAAACUCUUUUUCAAUAGUUAAAGCCAUAUCAGUUAGACUGCAAUACUAAAAGAAAAUUGAAAGGAAAUACCUUUUCCUAAAAAAAGAGUGUAUUCAAUAAUUUAUACUUAAAGCUACAGUAAUGUCUGUUUGUCUAUGUGUGAAAUUAAUCAUGCCGUCAAAACAUAUGUCUAGUUUUCGAUCAGUCUUUGUAACAGGGUAUUUCGCUUGAGCUCACUUCUCAUACUCAUCAGUUAUACAGCAUAGCAUUAUCUUAACCAUUUGGAAACGUGAUCUGCUUUUUAAUGUUGAAGUUCCAAUGCACAACACAAAGGUACACACAGUGUAUGUAAUAACGAAGAAUAUUUAUGAAAGCCAUGCUUGUCUUCAGAUGUUUGCGUCACUCAAGCUAAUAUUCACUAAGUUGUAGAUGAAAUGUGCGUACAGAGGUGUAAUCUUUACUGACUGUGAAUUUAAAGAAAAGGCGCCACAAGGUUAAAGGUAACUGAAUGCGUUCAACCUUAUUCUCAGGUGGCACGCCUUUGCUUUUUGAUAGAAUCAAUAGGAUUGUUAUUUAAGAGUACUGAAUUCAAAGUUAUUUUAUUGGCUUUAACAAAGCCAUUAAGCAUUCUUCGGUGCUUUGCUUCAAAGCAAUGCAAACAAAUCUUUUAUGUCACCUGCUCCAUUCAGGAAACUAUGUUGAAAAGUAAAAUCAUAUUUAAAUUAAACUUUUCAACUUUUAUUUCUAACAAGAUAUUUUCUUGAAAUGAAGCUGAAUAUGAUAAGGUUGAAUAUGUUCAGCAAUGACACUUCUAUAUAGCAAGCCAGAAAGGUUAGCCUUUUGCAGCCCAGCAAAACUUAAAAUUCUGCCGCUCUGAUAAAUGAGAAUGUAAACUGUGUCCAUCUGAUAGAAGACUGUAAUUCCACUGCAUGUCAUAAAUGUGCAAAUCACUGUAGUACUGUCACAAACUGGAGUCAUAAAUCUUUAAAAUAAAAUGGUUUAUAAAAACUUCA